AUGACCAUAUUCACAUCAUUUUCAAAGCUAAUUUCCCACAUUAUGGCAGAGACUUCAUCAAUCAUAAACCAACUGGAAGGUGGGGGUGCUUUUUGUAAUUGGCAAAUGAUUCAAGUGAGUCAUAUCGCUAAGGUGACUUUCAAUAAGACCGUUUUUUUGUUGGUGGUGGAUGUGGAAGAGAGGUUGGUUGAGGAUGUGCCCAACAACACUCCCUAUUUUAUGGCGUUUAGACUCGAGGAAUUUUUUCGUAAACUUUACAUACUUUCAGACCUUGUGGAGCAAUCACUUCUAGUUACUGGAUUUGGGUAUGAACAUGACGAUGCAUGGAGUACCAACAUAGAAUUAUUCAAAGAAUUUACUGAUGCCAGCCAGGGCGUGAGAAGGCUUGGUGCUGCUGCAGUGGAUAUAUGCCAUGUAGCUUUGGGAAUUGUAGAAGCAUAUUGGGAAUAUCGUCUAAAACCAUGGGAUAUGGCUGCUGCAUUCUAUUUCAUGGCCAAAUAUGGAAGCCAGGGCUGGAUGAUAUUGCUCUCACCAUUCUUGGGGCAAACUAACGGUUACCUCACCGUCUGUGCCCUUACUUCUGCUCCAAAAGGUUAUAAGGUUCGUUGA